UCCGCGCCUGUCAAACCCCUCAUUGUUCGCAGCUGAUGUCACUCGCAGUUGUGAGCGGCCGCCUCUCCCGGGGACAAUGUGGGACUGAGCGGCCCAGCCGCCGCGCCGCCGCCGCCGCCGCAGGACAGCCCCAGCGAGAGCGGGCCAGGCCACAACGUGGACACACUCCCAGACCUCUGCGGCCCUGGCCCCGCCUAACAGGAUGAGCAGCUCAGAUGCGGGGCUGGAGGAGGAGCCAGAGCUCAGCAUCACCCUCACACUGAGGAUGCUGAUGCAUGGGAAGGAGGUGGGCAGCAUAAUCGGGAAGAAGGGAGAGACCGUAAAACGAAUCCGGGAGCAGAGCAGUGCCCGGAUCACCAUCUCUGAGGGCUCCUGCCCUGAGCGCAUCACUACCAUCACCGGGUCCACGGCUGCCGUCUUCCAUGCGGUGUCCAUGAUCGCGUUUAAGCUGGAUGAGGAUCUUUGUGGGGCCCCAGCAAACGGUGGGAACAUAUCCAGGCCUCCGGUGACCCUGCGCCUUGUCAUCCCCGCUAGCCAGUGUGGCUCGCUGAUCGGGAAGGCUGGCACCAAGAUCAAGGAGAUCCGAGAGACCACAGGUGCCCAGGUGCAGGUGGCGGGAGACCUGCUUCCCAACUCCACGGAGCGUGCUGUCACUGUUUCUGGGGUGCCUGAUGCCAUCAUCCUGUGUGUGCGCCAGAUCUGUGCUGUUAUCCUAGAGUCCCCACCCAAAGGAGCCACUAUCCCAUAUCAUCCAAGCCUCUCCCUAGGCACAGUCCUCCUUUCUGCUAACCAGGGCUUCUCUGUCCAGGGCCAGUAUGGGGCUGUGAACCCAGCUGAGGUCACCAAGCUCCAGCAGCUCUCAGGGCACACGGUCCCCUUUGCCUCACCAAGUGUGGUGCCAGGACUGGAUCCCAGUGCGCAGACCAGCUCGCAAGAAUUUUUGGUUCCCAAUGAUCUGAUUGGCUGCGUGAUCGGGCGCCAGGGCAGCAAGAUCAGUGAGAUCCGACAGAUGUCGGGGGCACAUAUCAAGAUUGGGAAUCAAGCGGAGGGUGCUGGUGAGCGACACGUGACCAUCACUGGCUCGCCAGUCUCCAUUGCCCUGGCCCAGUACCUCAUCACUGCCUGUCUAGAGACGGCCAAGUCUACCUCUGGGGGGACGCCCGGCUCAGCCCCUGCAGACCUGCCUGCCCCCUUCUCACCACCCCUGACGGCCCUACCCACAGCUCCCCCAGGCCUGCUGGGCACACCCUAUGCCAUCUCCCUCUCCAACUUCAUCGGCCUCAAGCCAGUGCCCUUCUUGGCUUUGCCACCUGCCUCCCCGGGGCCACCGCCGGGCCUGGCAGCCUACACUGCCAAGAUGGCAGCAGCCAAUGGGAGCAAGAAAGCUGAGCGGCAGAAAUUCUCCCCCUACUGAGGCCGGCUGAGACACAGGCCGAGGCAGGCAGGACCGCCAGGCAGAAGGCUGCCUCUGCACCCUACCUGCCCAAGGAGACUCCACCCAGGGGUCUCCAAGGCCGCUGAAGCUCAGACGCAUGGAUGCACCCUCCAUCCUGCUCCUGCAGGAGUUCUUUCUGAGUGGGGGCAGUUUCUGGCCCAGGGUUUUGGGAGCUUUGGCACCCAGAGGCAGGGAGCCCCACCCCCUCAGCUCUACACUUGGAUGCAGGGAGCAGCCAAGGGCCUUCUUUCAUGUUUUCACCUUGAGGUGGUUCACUCAUGCACUCCUACCCCCUAGGGCUUCCCAGCCUACUGCUCCUCCUGUGGGGAUCAAGGAGGAGGGCUGGGGGGCACUGGGGGCCAUGCUUCUCUCCCCACCUCCCUGCAGAUUCCUGCUGCUUCCACUGACACCCUUUUGACUGGAAUGGACUGGCUGGGCUUGGCAGGGGGAAACCCAAAGGGGAAGCACUAUCUGGUAGCUGGGGGAGGUGACGUGGGGACAGGGGCCGAGUUCUCAGCAGCUGACACUCUGUACAGUUUUUUCAAUCCCUGUUUUUGAAUAAAUAUUCUCAGUGACCAGGAA